GCCAGAAAGGUAGCAGCAAGGCUCCUGACUUCUCAGCAGUCGUCUUGGAACCACAAAUCCUCAGAAGAAACCUGGAGAACGACCCAGAUUGGGGCGGUUUCUCAGCCGCCCAUUCUUCUGCACGAGGAACUUCUUUUGGGGGUUUUGGUGAUGGCGGGGGCAGAGAGGAGAAGGAGUACAGUGUGGGGGAAGAUCCGGGCCGUUCGCUGUGAAGAUGUCAAGGAGUGGUGCGUGAGGCGGCUGCCCAUCUUGGAGUGGGUGCCCAUCUACGAUUGGAAGGAAAACCUGGUUCCUGAUGCAGUGUCUGGGAUGAUGCUGGCCAUCCAGCAGGUGACUCAAGAUGAGCAAACAAGAGGCGCGGGAUAUUUAGCUUCUGGCCAGAGCCAACCCACCCCAGGAUUGGCCUUUGCUGCUCUCUCUUCAGUCCAUCCAGUUUUUGGUUUAUAUGGUUCUUUCUUUCCUGUCAUUAUAUAUGCCAUAUUUGGAAUGGGACAUCAUGUUGCAACAGGAACUUUUGCCUUAACUUCUUUAAUAUCUGCCAAUGCAGUUGAACGUCUUGUUCCUUCCACUGGCACUAAUUUCACUGCAAACAAUAAUUCAGGAGUCUUGGGCCUGUCAGAGUUUGAAAUGCAGAGAAUUGGAGUUGCAGCAGCAGUUUCAUUUCUGGGAGGAAUCAUUCAGGUAGCGAUGUUCACGCUGCAUCUGGGCCAUGCCACCUUCUUGUUAACAGAACCAGUGAUCAGUGCAAUGACCACAGGAGCUGCGACACACGUUGUGACUUCACAAGUGAAGUACCUGCUGGGAAUGAAAAUGCCAUACAUAUCAGGACCACUAGGAUUUUUUCAUAUUUAUGCCUACAUAUUUGAGAAUAUCAGAUCAGUUCAACUAGAGGCUUUACUUCUCUCCUUGCUGAGCAUUGUGGUGCUUGUUCUUGUUAAGGAACUGAAUGAGAAAUUUCAAAGAAACAUUAAAAUUGUUCUUCCUAUCGAUCUAGUUUUGAUAAUUGCUACAUCCACUGCCUGCUGCUAUGCUGAUAUGGAAUACGUCUACGGGCUAGAAGUUGUGGGGCAUAUUCCUCAAGGGCUGCCACCACCAAAACUGCCAGCCAUGAAUGUCCUAUCUGAAGUAGUCACAGAAGCUUUUGGGGUAGCACUGGUUGGUUAUGUAGCAUCACUAGCUCUAGCCCAAAGCUCUGCUAAAAGGUUUAAGUACACUGUGGAUGAUAACCAGGAAUUUUUGGCUCAUGGCCUCAGCAACGUGAUUCCUUCAUUUUUCUUCUGCAUACCAAGCGCGGCAGCGAUGGGACGGACGGCACUGUUAUAUAGUACGGGCGCCAGAACACAGGUGGCUUGCCUUAUCUCUUGUGCAUUAGUUCUUGUGGUGAUCUACACAAUUGGAGCAAUGCUGUACUGGCUGCCCAUGUGUGUGCUAGCAAGCAUUAUCGUUGUGGGCUUGAAGGGGAUGCUAAUGCAGUUCCGUGACUUAAAAAAAUACUGGAAUGUGGAUAAAAUAGACUGGAGUAUAUGGGUUACUACCUACAUGUUCACAAUCUGCUUUGCUGCUAAUGUGGGAUUGCUGUAUGGUGUUGUCUGCACGAUAGUAAUUGUGAUUUUCCGCUUUCCCAGAGCAAAGACGCUGAAUUUGAAAAAUAUGAAAGAAGUGGAAUAUAAGUACAAAACUGAAGAAAACUGUGAAUCAUUAAAACAGGUAAAGAUAGUUACGGUCAGCAACCCAUUAGUCUUUCUCAAUGCCAGAAAGUUUCAUGCGGACCUGAUGAAGAUAAUCCAGAAGGAUGGUACGAGCAGCCAGGCAUGUGAAGAUGUAAACAAGUGUGAGCAGAACACAUUACUCUGCUCCUUUUCCAAUGGAAGCUGUCACGGUGAGUCACUGCAGCCAUGUCAGAGUGAACAGUGUGUUUUGAUAUUGGACUGCAGUGGACUGAAUUUCUUUGACUACACUGGAGUCUCCAUGUUGCUUCAGAUUUACAUGGAUUGUAAAAAUAGACACAUUGAAGUGUUGCUCGCAUGCUGCAAAGCUUCCUUGAUCAAAGCAAUGCAGUAUGGUGGAAAUCUCGAGUCUGAAAACCCCAUCUUCUUUGAGUCUGUUUCUUCAGCAAUCGAUGCCAGUCAGAUUCCCAGGAAAUACAGCAAGUUCAGCGAACAGAGUGAAGUGUGAUGCCAACCCAUCCAAUGUGGAUAGUUUAACCAGCUCAUAUGCAGAAUGAACUGCACCACAGUUUCUCCUUGGCUUUUUUUUUUUUUCCCUCCAGGAGAUAUCAUAGAUGCUACUUUCUAUGCCUUAUAUGUCUAGUACACUCAGUAAUGACAGAUCUGCCAUUCAGAAGAAAAGAUCUUUCUGCUGCCAUCACUCAGAGAUUGUUCCUAUAGUUGAUCUGCAGUGGUUUUUAUAAUAUUCUUGUACACAUUUAGAGACAAAUUAGAAAGCAGAUAUGGGGUACUGACUGUGUUUAACAGUGAGAUAUAUUCUUUUAGAUAACUUCUAUUGUAACAUUAGUUGUAAUACGCAUCUGUAGUUUUGUGCAUGGAAUAAUGAGACAUUAGGAUUUCUUAAAAGCACAGUGUUAUAACUGAUACAUUAUAUUUGGGGAAACCAUAUAACAACGCAUACUUUGUUUCUGAUGGAGUUAUUUACCCUUUUUGUUAUUCAAGACAGCCAUUUACAGUAACAACAUCACAACACAGCUAACAUAUCCUUGUAUUUUUCAUACUUGGUUAUUGUAGGAUUUUUUAUGCCUUCCAAGGUGAGUGGGAGCACUAUUUGUUGAAAGAAAGCAGAUGAAUAUUGGUUAGAUUGUCUCCCUCUCUAGUAGAUGUCAUGAGUUAUUAUAAUGGUUUGCUAUGUUUUCAGUGCCACAGGUAUUCUUUAUCUUAGAUUGAAGAGGAAAAUCUGGUCAUAUUUUUCCAAAACUUUUUAUUGUUUUCAGCACAGAUUCGUCUGCAUUUCCAGCUUGAGCUGUGAUUUGGUCAGUGCUGGAAUUUGAUCAUGUAAGAAGUACGUUUUAUUCAUUGUCCAAAGUGCAUUCAUGCCAGAUGCUGCAGUUGAUUGCAAAUGACUUUGACAGGUUAUUACAGGCAAUAACAUUUAAUUAUUAAAUUCUUCAGACAGUCUUGGUAAUUUAUGAACACUUUAGACACUAUUUACAUUGUACUUCCAUUAUAGAAGAAUCAAUUGUAUGUCACAGCUGAAUGGAGAACCCUCCUUAACUGCAAGCUGAAUAAAUGUAAAAAAGUUAUCUUUUCUAUUAAGUUCAGUAUUUAUUCUUUGAUAGCUUUAUGUGUUUUCUGAAAAAUUAGAGAUAUGUUGGUUAAUAAAAUUGUUAAAACACGGUCCUUAGAAAAGAUGACACCUACCAUGAGACCUUCCAUUUUGUUCUGAAUAAUCUUGUUAAUGGAGUAAUACAGAUGCUGCUAAAAUCAUUUGUAAUGUCAGUGCUUGAUUAAAUCCUUGGCAACUCUGCAUCAAAUCAAAAAAUUUGUUCUGCUAAUCAAAAUGGUUCCCACUUUCCCCAGUGUUCGAUAGGAAUAACUUUUCUACAGCUAAAUGGAUGUUUUGAGACAGGCAUUAGGUCAAGGGCAAUAUUGUUUAAAAAUGUGUUUAAUCAGUGUGAGACUGCAAUUCAAAUUGUCUUUAUACUGUGAUUACUGCUUGACUGUCUCUCAGGGUAGAAUCAAGAAUGAAAUACAUUUCUUACCUUUUAACUCUGAAUUCACUUAUAUUCCAACACUGGCUUUUGGGAUACUCAUGGUAUUCUGGUAAUACAUUUUAUUUGAUAUAAUUAACCAAUUUUUCAUUUCAUUUUUGAGACUAUAAAUUGUUUAUUGGCUUCUCUUUCUGGCAAGUGGCAUCACUUAUAACAAUUGUAUCUCAGCAGUACAGAGCAUCAUGGAAUGUAUGAAGACAGGUAGAAGAUGAGCAGCAGCGGAUGCUGCCCUUUCAAUUGCUUCUAAAAUAUCAGUACUGAGUUUGAGCGUUUUCAGAACAGAGCUGCUUGACAGAGCAACUCUUACUGGGUGAGGGAGCAUCAUCUAUUUUUUAACGAGUAACCUAGGAAGGCAAAUUACUUCAGUGCUGAUGUAGUUUCCUUUUUUUUUUUUUUUUUU